UCCGGUUCGCCAACGUCCGCCUCUGUCUCCGCCCUCCCUGCGCGCUCGAGUUCAUUUUCUUCGGGUGGUUCGUCUGCCUUGCCUCCAAAGCGUCAGUCCGUCCGUUCUCUCUCUCCCGGUUGUAACUUCAGCUCACCCCUGCAAGAGGCGUCAGUUUGCAACAACAGCAGCGGCAGCAACAACUGCCAACGACUGCGUCUUUGCUCCGGCUGGGAAGGUUGAAAAAACAAAAAAGAACCCCCCACCCCCAGCGGAGUAGAGCCUUGACUUCUACUUUUCCAGAGGCAGGGGACGUCGGAUCCGAUAGGCCAGGGUCGACCGGCUCUUCUCUCGCACACCAUUGACACUGCACCUGCUCCAACUUAGGAGCGCCUCGCGUGCGCCCCACGACCCAAGGGUGGCCCUGCGGCUACUGGUCUCCGUCGGAAGCUAGUAGAAGAGCCUGGUUCUCUCAGCUGACACCCCGCCCAGUCGAGGAGUCUCCAGGACCUGCCCCGGGCCAAAGAGAAGUAGCACAGCAGGCUGACCCCCACCGCCCUGCCCUCCAGCGACAUCAGCAUCCAGGAGAGAUCAUGGACGUGCCCGUCAGUCUGGGCAGGGUCAAUCCUCGGCCGCCAGCGAAGGCUUUUCGGAGCGCCUUCCAGAACCUGUUUAAGAAUGUCCGCGAAGUGUUUCAGAGCCCCGGAUCCUUGCGAGAGGAGGCUGGCCCCAGCCACCAGGCGUCGGCGUCCGCGACGGAAGGGUCGUCUUCCUCGGGGUCCCGCUUGCAAGAGCCCAGCGCCUACCAGCAAGACUCGGGUUCGCCCUCUUACCUGCUGCUGGAAGAGCAGUCCCAGGUGAGCAAAACGCUGCAGUCCCCAGAUGGGGGGGAGGCGUCCUUGUCCUCGCCCUCGUCGUCCGCUCCGUAUUCUCUGGCCCUGCUGGGAGGCUUCUCUUUCCAGAGUCGUCCCGGGGACUUCAAAGACAUUCUGGGCAACAGCAGUCUUCAGCAAAAAGCAGAAGGAGGCGAGCCUCGCGGAGGAGGUGAGGAAGCCCCUUCCGACAAAACUGACUACCUGGGCGUGAGUGCCAAGGAGCUGCGCAAAGCCGUCUCCACCUCCAUGGGCUUGGCGGUGGAAGCGCCUGGCGUCGGCGAAAUGGCGGCGACCCACAGCAACAGCAUGUUCGCUGGCGCGCACCCUCGGCCCCUGACACUGGACGGCUGCAAGAUCGUGGAAGCCAAGAAGGGAGGCGCUGGUGGUGGCGAGGGCGUGCUGGCCAUGGACAUGCCGGGCCACCCAAGCCUCUACAAGUGCUCUCUGGAGCUGGAGGAGCCGUUGGGGACCUUCCCGAACCGCAACUACUACAACUUUCAGCUGGCCCUAGCCUCCCAUGGGGGGUGCAUCAAGCAAGAGAGCCCAUUGGAGUACGCACCCGGCAGUGCUGCUUGGGAGCCGCAGUGCCGGCGUGCUGGAGACGUGCCUGCUGCCUUGGCGCCCCACUAUGCUGGCCCUCCCGGCCAGAGACGGCACCACUUCUUCACCGAGGAAGGGCAACUCUAUGAAGGUGGCCCCCCCGCCUAUUUUGGCUAUACCAGGAGCCAGGGCCCAUUGGAACAAGAGGGUGGCACGCUCCAACCAUCCAAUGUGUUGUACCCCGGGGGCAUGGUGGGCAGGAUGCCCUUUGCCCCUGCCGCUGACUGCAUCAAGACGGAGCUCCCUCCGUGGAUGGAGAGCUACACAGGGGCCUACGGAGACAUGAGGUUGCAGUCUGCAAGAGACCAUGUUCUGCCCAUUGACUAUUACUUCCCACCACAGAAGACAUGCUUGAUCUGUGGGGACAAAGCUUCUGGGUGCCAUUAUGGAGCACUCACCUGCGGGAGCUGCAAAGUCUUUUUCAAGAGGGCAGCUGAAGGUAAACAGAAGUACCUCUGUGCCAGCCGAAAUUACUGCACCAUCGACAGGUUCCGGAGAAAAAACUGCCCUUCCUGCCGCCUUCGGAAAUGUUAUGAGGCUGGGAUGACUCUUGGAGCCCACAAGUUGAAGAAGCUGGGAAACCUGAAGAUGCAAGAGGAAGAGGAGGCAGCUGGCCCCUCCAGCCCCAUGGAGGAGCAAGCACCAAAGAUGUCCAUGAUGCGCAUUGAGAGCCUGGAGUGCCAGCCCAUCUUCCUUUAUGUCCUGGAGGCUAUCGAGCCAGGGGUGGUGUGCGCUGGCCAUGACAACACCCAGCCUGACUCCUUUGCUGCCCUCUUGACCAGCUUGAAUGAGCUAGGUGAGAGGCAGCUGGUGCAUGUCGUGAAAUGGGCAAAAGCCUUGCCAGGGUUCCGGAACUUUAAUGUUGAUGACCAAAUGUCAAUCAUUCAGUACUCCUGGAUGGGCCUGAUGAUUUUUGCAAUGGGAUGGAGAUCAUUCACCAAUGUGAACUCUCAGAUGCUCUACUUCGCUCCAGACUUGGUCUUCAAUGAGUACCGGAUGCACAAAUCCAGAAUGUACAGCCAGUGUGUCAAGAUGCGGCAUCUCUCCCAAGAGUUUGGACAGCUUCAAAUCACUCUCCAAGAAUUCCUCUGCAUGAAAGUUCUGCUCCUCUUCAGUAUUAUUCCAGUGGAUGGGUUGAAGAAUCAGAAGUUUUUUGAUGAACUUCGGAUGAGCUACAUCAAGGAACUUGAUCGCAUCAUUGCUUGCAAGAGGAAGAACCCUACCUCCUGCUCCCGGCGUUUCUACCAGCUCACCAAGCUCCUAGACUCUGUGCAGCCUAUCGCCCGAGAGCUGCACCAGUUUACAUUCAACCUCCUAGUCAGGUCCCACAUGGUCAGCGUGGAUUACCCAGAAAUGAUGGCGGAGAUCAUCUCGGUGCAAGUCCCCAAGAUCCUCUCUGGUCAGGUGAAGCCCAUUUACUUCCACACGCAGUGAUGGAGAGAGGGAGACACAGCAAGGGAGGAGCCCUUUGCGGCUGAGGCCCCGGAAGCCACUGACUUUGUCCAGCCUUCACCUGCCUGUUAUUUCUGCACUGCAGUGCCUUGAAAUGCUGUGUAAGCUACAAAGAUACACAGUAAUAAUGAAAACAGAACUAACCUGCUGGGAUUCCUUUCAGUUUUGAUGAUUCCCCACCCAUGAAUUCCCCUUUCGAGUGGGAGUUUUAUUUGGCCUGUUUCAAAAUGGCCCAGCAUAUUUGUGUGUCUGUGUGUGCAACACCCCCCCCAACUUCUCUUUCCUGUUCUUAUAUUUUUUUAAUCUGGUGUUGUGGCGUGGUGCCAGGUGGCACUUGUUUACAUUCUUGGGCUUCUGCAUUUCCCACAGUGGCUUCUGUGGCCCUGUGCCAUGACAGGAAGUCUGACAAGACACACACACGCACAUUGUGUUUUGGGUGUUCCCUUCAUUGCUGCUUUAUUCUCUCUUUUUAAACAAAACCAGAAUCCAAGAUGACAAGCAGGUUAUUCAAAUCAAAUCCUGGGAGUGGGGGAAGAACUUCAUUUUUGAGAAGCGGGUGAUUUUAUUUUUAUUUUUAAACAGUUUUUUAAUCAACUCUUAUCUUGUGUGUGUGAUGUGCUUUCCCCCCAUUGCGUUGCUAGCCUCAUUCUUAAGAUGCAGGAGGAUUUUCAUAGUAUAUCUGAGGACAGGAAGGGAGAACUGUCGACCAUGGACUCAAAAUCAUAUGGAGGAGAGAAUGUAGUGGAAUCAUACAAUUGCAAAAAGGAAAAAAAAGGUGGGUGGGUGCCAUCACACGGACUCAGAUUUGACAGGGCCACAUUUCUACAUGUGAACCAGUUUCAGUACCUCAGUCUCAGUCCGGCUAUGCAAGAUCUCUAGAGAGAGCAUUCCAGUCCCUGUUGAUAUAAGAAUUAGAGACCAAAGGUGUAUAUUUUUGAUGUUAAUAAUGUUUCAAUGUUUCACUUUAAUUGCAUUUAACCUUUUAGAAUUCGUUAGGCUUGAUUUUUGUGUGCCUGCAGUUUGUAACCCUCAUGCCAACCCUCCUACACUGUGCACACCACUUCCUGCCUUAUCUGAACUUAGCGAGGCAAAUGUUUUGCCCAAAGAGGUAUGUGUUAAACAGCUAUCCAUGAAGCUAUCUAAAACUCAGGAAGAGGAGAUGGGAGAGGAAUGUAUGAUGCCCUUCCCUUCUCACUGAAGGUCUGAUUGCCUAGACAACUAUCCGAUAAGUUAUAAGUUGAGACAAAAUGUUUUGGGACACCCCAAGGUGGUUGAUGCCAGUGUGGAGUCAUGUAGCUUUGUAUCCCGUGACCUGUAACCUUUCUUGAUGUAUGUUUAGAUGUUUUAUGAUUCUUGGUUUGCUGUGUUUCAACUACUAUAUAAGCUUUUGUUCUGAAGUGCCUCGGGGCAGACCUUCUUAACUGGCACUCGGAGUUGAGCUCUGUCCUAUUGCAAUAGAAAUAAACGUUGGGCCCCUCCUCGAUACUAGACUUGAAAUUAGUUUCCUUGGUCCCACAGUUUAUUUCAAAGGUGGUCCCUCACCUGGGUAACAAACAAGGUGGUGUAGAAUUGAAUUCUUACCACACUGUGCAAGAGCCUCUCAGAGUCCAGUAAGCAAGCCUGAGAGCUUAAAACCUCUUUGCCAUGAAAAUCCUGCACAAAAAUAGCUUUUGAGCUCUUUGUGCAAAUUAAACACAUGCAAGGCAGCAAGCCAGCUUUGGUUGAAAUCAUGCACAUUAAGAACACAUAAGUAGCUAUACUGUAGUACCAUAAGUAACUAUUUUAAGCUUUGCAGUACUUUUCUCCUUCUGUGGGUUCAAGUCUUUUGGAACGGUCUUCUGGGCAUCCAGAUGUGUAGAGCAAGAUUACAUGCCAGAGAACAGCUCCAUUUCCUUCAAAGGUGGCUGAGAGUCCCCCAGGUUGUGGGAAGUGGAAAUGGAUAUAUCUCAGAGGUAUAUGGUGGACAAUUUCAGACACCAGGUGUGGUAGCCUCUCACCUACAGAAGUGGGCACAGUGAACUUUCUGUUCCCCUCUGAUUCUUUUGUUGCUAUAACUCAAUUUGUGGAAGACUUGCUUUGCAGAAGUGUACAUUGGCUAGCAUUGAAGACUACAGGGCAACGUCUGCUGACCUGUGCAAUGGGCCCCCUGAGGGAUCUUGGGAUUCUGUCUAUGUUUUGAAGAGGAAUUGAUUCAAAAUACCUGUAAUG